AGAGCCGAAGAGCUGUCGGCCAACAAACAGAUCGCUUUGAUUUCGUUUUCGGCCACCAAUUUAGAUAAGAAGGACUUUUUGGGCAAAUCUGAUCCCUAUUUGACGAUCUCUCGCGUCAAUCCGGACACCACUUACACUGUGGUCCACAAGACGGAAGUGAUCCGAAACACAUUGAGUCCGCAGUGGAGACCAUUCAACGUGAAAGUGCAGCAGUUGUGCGGAGGGGACUACGACCGCAACCUUAAGAUUGAUUGCUAUGAUUGGGAUGAAAACAGUGCCCACGACCUCAUCGGCUCAUUCGUCACUAAUCUGAGACGACUGUCCGCCGGUCCCACUCAACAGAACUCAUAUGACCUACCGUGUAUAAACGAAGAGAAAAGGAAACGGAAGGGAAAGUCGUACACAAAUUCAGGUGUUGUUAGACUCAACACUAUAUCGAUCUCACAAGAAGUCACUUUUCUGGACUAUAUUCGCGGCGGAACUCAAAUGCAUUUCGCGGUCGCCGUUGACUUCACCGCAUCCAACGGUAACCCGAGUGACCCCCGGUCUCUGCAUUUCAUGGACUAUAGCGGUCGUCCCAAU